CCAAACAUGAAAUACACCCUGGCCUUCCUUCCCCAUUCUCCUUCACCCUCGGAUUGAAAACCGCUAACGCUUUCUUUCCGAUCUAUUCCGGCUUCAACUUCUAUUGCUCCAACUCAAAAGGCAUCGAAUUCAUUGGAAUUAUACGCUCACUCUUCUGAACCAUUCCAGAUCUACGACGUCCUGGUCUCUUUGAUCUGCUUCUUCUCGAAAUAAUCUUUUCGGAUCCACCAUGGAUUUCAUGAAGGUCUUCGAUCAAACUGUUCGAGAAAUAAAGAGAGAGGUGAAUCUGAAGGUACUCAAAGUUCCCGAAAUCGAACAGAAGGUUUUGGAUGCUACUGAUAAUGAACCCUGGGGUCCUCAUGGUUCUGCGCUGGCUGAGAUUGCACAGGCUACCAAAAAAUUUACUGAAUGUCAAAUGGUCAUGAGCGUCCUUUGGACAAGAUUGGGUGAGACUGGAAAGGAUUGGCGUUAUGUAUAUAAGGCACUGGCUGUUAUAGAGUAUUUGGUAGCACAUGGAUCUGAACGUGCUGUUGAUGACAUUGUUGAACAUACUUUUCAGAUCUCCGCACUUUCUAGUUUUGAAUAUGUUGAACCCAGUGGAAAGGAUGUGGGGCUCAAUGUCAGGAAGAAGGCAGAAAAUAUUGUGGCCCUUCUGAAUAAUAGAGAAAAGAUACAAGAAGUCAGAAAUAAGGCUGCUGCAAACCGUGACAAGUACUUUGGACUUUCUUCUACUGGAAUCACAUACAAGUCUGGGUCAGCCUCGUUUAGCACUGGUAGCUAUCAAAGCCAUAGCAGUGAUAAAUAUGGAGGUUUUGGUUCAAAUGACAGUGACAGGUAUAGGGAUGGUUAUGGAGACAAGGCUUACCAUGAAGAAGAAAAAAUUGAGAAAUACUACCCUGGAAAAUCAAGACAUGGGUCCUCAAGUGACAGGCAAGAAAGCUCCUUUAAGAAGGGUACACACUCAGUCAGGCAAAAAAAGCAUAGUGUGCCUUCCAGAGUAUCGAAGUCAUCUACUGAUGUAACCAGCAAUGAUAUGUACAGUUCAGCCCACUCUCAAAGUUCGAGUGUAGCUGUAAACAAUGACGAUGAUGAUUUCGAUGAUUUUGAUCCAAGAGGAACAUCUACUGCUAAGGUUUCAGCUGGAAACUCUAAUCACGUUGAUCUAUUUGGACAAGAUUUGAUUGGUGACCUCAUGGAUGCUCCAACUUCUGUUCCCACUGAAAAGCCUGUCGCAAGCAGUGUGUCAGAAGUUGAUCUCUUUGCAGAUGCGGCAUUUGUAUCAGCAGAGCCUCAUGUGGACCAAGGGGUUGGUUCUCAAUCACGGAAUGAGGUUGAUCUGUUUGCUUCCCAACCGGCCAUUCCAUCCUCAGCUACUGCAACAGUUGACUUGCUUUCUGUUUCUGAGCCAGUUCUGCAGCCAGACAGCAAGUCAGAAAGCUCUGGUCUUAAAAAUAAUAGCUCCAUUGAUCCCUUCACUGCUGUUCCACUUGGUAGUUUUGAUGGAUCUGAUCUUUUUGGUGAAUUUACUUCUCCUUCUGAUUCAGCAUCUGAGCAGCCCUCAAAAGUUCCUGGCACUGAUGGCAUCCAAGAUAAAAUGAAUGUGAACCCUUUGCCAGAGUCUAGAAUACCCCCUAAAAAGGAUGCUUUCCAGGUGAAGUCUGGUAUUUGGGCUGAUUCGCUGAGCCGUGGGUUAAUUGAUCUCAAUAUAUCUGCUCCCAAGAAAGCAUCCCUGACUGAUGUUGGGAUUGUAGGCGGAUUGAGUGAUGGAUCAGAUGAAAAGGAGAAAGGUCCUCCGCAAUCAUAUUACAUGGGGAGGGCUAUGGGAUCGGGAUCCGGUCUUGGUAGGUCUGGCUUCACUCCUUCCCAGCCAGGAGGUGGGGACGAUAUAUUUGCAAGUUUGAGCGGCCAACAAUAUCAGUUUAGUGGUUUUCAAAAGUGAACUUUCCAGAUAU